AUGAAGAGUGGACGGAGGCCACCUAGUCUCGCUCUCUGUGGAGCAGAGGUUAAUAUCACUUUUCGACCGACAAGCUUAUGUCGCCUCUUAGAGCCGGUUGUGCCGUUUGAUUCCAGAAGCCGGUUUGCUUCACAGUAUGUGUGGGGAAUGAGUCCUGGCACAGUGGAUCCUCCCAUCCUGACGAUCACUAGGUUAUCUUCUCAUCCGCCACCCAGCGUGCCAAUCAUGAUUCCCUCUGUGACGCAUGGAAUUGGAGAUCGUCAGUGUCUCAGACGAGCUGGAGACUGUGCGCGGGUCAUAAAGUGCCGGGUCAGACUUAACAGACUUGACUCGCGGGACAAGGGCUCAAACCGUUGCACGAUCGGCGGGCGGGUGAAAAGCAACCAGAAGAUGACCGCGGAUUUUUCCCGUCCGAGAGUUUCACCAUGCGAUCCAUGA